AUGAGGAAAGAACUUCUUACAGUUAUAGAAGAAUGCGCGGAAUCAGUGAAAAGAUUUGAAAAUAAAGUUAAUGAACUCAAUUCUGUGUUGGAAGCUAGAAAUUCAAAAAUCCAAACAUUGGAAACUGAGAUAUCAAGCCUCAAAAGACAAUCAAAAGCCAUUCACCAGCGGUUUAAAGAGGAAAUAAAGGGAAACGCUGAAGAGCUAACUUCUCUAAAGGGCAAAGUAGAGACUAUGGGAAACAAAGUCAGUAACGCAAGUAGGGGAUCUCGACCGUAUCAAGAAAAAGCAACACCAAGAACAUGGUGAAAGCAAUUUAAGUAACGGAAAUCCUCAAAGAACCCAGUGGCAGAACCCCAGAGCAUAGAUGCAAAUCCGUCAAAACAUGGACAAGGGGCAGAUCCAGUAGAAAAUAACAGAAAACCGGACACCCAGGGAGUGGAGACCUUAAAGAAUACCACAGUCAAGAAAAGCCUCGUACAGAAGGAUAGGGAGCAAGCAGAGAUCACGCAAGGCGGCGGACAACUUAACGCACCUAAUGAAUCAGGGAAUAAAGUAACAGGACUAAACACAAUCCAUGAGAACAAUGAGACAAACAACGCGAACGAUGUUCAAUUUGUUGGUGUUGAAAGACAAAGGACAAAACGUGUAUUCCUUGGAGGCAUAAGAGAAGGCGUUAGUUCAGAAAAUAUCAGAGAGUAUAUGAUGAAAAGGAAUAUAAAUCCAACAUUCGAACGCUUGAUGCAAAGCAAAAGAAAAGGAACAACGUCCGUUCGUAUAAACGUCGUCGCUAAAGAUUUCGAUGUUGUGAAAGAAACACCUUUCUGGCCUGACGGAGUAUUUGCUCGACCCUGGUUAUCGCUGGCUAAAUGGCAAGACCGUCUGUCCACGAAAGAACAACAACUAUUGGACAGCUCACACAGGUCCAAACCGGAGACCAAUUCAACCUGA